CUGGGAGGCUCCCGGGGGCCUGGGCUCCGAGGUUAUAAUAUAACUUCCUUGCUGAUGCUUUUUCCCCGCCCCUUCUCACCAAAUCAUCAACAGUAGAAAAAGAAGAAAACAUGUCAGGACACAAGUGACACCGAGUUGCAGAUGCUACUAUGAUUUCAUCCUGAAGUCCAUGGGUGGACGAUCUUACCAGUGUGCCCCAGAACCUCACCUCUCCAGAGUCCUACCCCACUAGUGAAAGAUAGAAACGGGCUGGGAAUAUGGAUUGACUUGCCAAUGCCCAUGUCCAGCAAAGAAGCAAUUACAGAAGCCAGAUGUUCUACCUUCUGUAACCCAAAAUCAAUUUUGGUCCAUACUCCCUGAGGGGGAGAAAUGUUUGGAGAUGACUAGAGGGCUCUGAACUCUAAUUCCAUCAAGAACCAGAGAAAGAAGAGGAAAAAAAGGAAGGACAUUUCAGUUAUCCCUGGGACAUACAGGAUCGAUAUGGUCAAGAUAAGUCAGUUGUAAAUAAGAUGCAACAGAAGUAUUGGGAAACAAAGCAGGCUUUUAUUAAAGCUACAGGAAAGAAGGAAGAUGAACAUGUUGUUGCCUCUGAUGCAGACUUGGAUGCUAAGCUGGAGCUCUUUCACUCAAUUCAGAGAACCUGUUUGGAUCUGUCUAAGGCAAUUGUUCUCUAUCAGAAGAGAAUAUGUUUCCUGUCUCAAGAAGAAAAUGAACUAGGAAAAUUUCUCCGAUCUCAAGGCUUUCAAGAUAAAACCAGAGCAGGAAAAAUGAUGCAAGCAACUGGAAAGGCCCUCUGCUUUUCUUCCCAGCAAAGGUUAGCCUUGCGAAAUCCUUUGUGUCGUUUUCACCAAGAAGUGGAGACUUUUCGCCACAGAGCCAUUUCUGACACUUGGUUGACAGUAAAUCGCAUGGAGCAGUGCCGAACUGAGUACAGAGGGGCAUUAUUAUGGAUGAAGGAUGUGUCACAGGAGCUUGAUCCAGACCUCUACAAGCAAAUGGAGAAGUUCAGGAAGGUACAAACUCAAGUCCGCCUUGCAAAAAAAAGCUUUGACAAACUGAAGAUGGAUGUGUGUCAGAAAGUGGAUCUUCUUGGAGCAAGCAGAUGCAAUCUUCUGUCUCAUAUGUUAGCAACAUACCAGACUACUCUACUUCAUUUUUGGGAGAAAACUUCUCAUACUAUGGCAGCCAUACAUGAGAGCUUCAAAGGUUAUCAGCCAUAUGAAUUCACUACAUUAAAGAGUUUACGAGACCCUAUGAAAAAAUUGGUUGAGAAAGAAGAAAGGAAGAAAAUCACCCAGCAGGAAAGUGCAGAGGCCACAACAGAAGAGCCUAGUCAGUUAAUUUCAUUAGAGGAUGAAAACCAGCACCAGGAAUCUUCUAGUUUUAAAAAUGAACUGUUAGACGUGAAACCUGAGGAAGGUGCUUGCCUGGGCCCAAUGCCAGGGACCCUGGAACCAGACAGUUCUGAUAAAGAUGACCUGCUACUGCUGAGUGAGAUCUUCAGCAUAUCCUCCCUGGAAGAGGGAGAGUUUAGCAAAGAAUGGGCUGCUGUAUUUGGAGAUGAUCGACUGAAGGAGGCAGCUCCCACUGGGGCCCCAGGAGAAGUGGAUCCCAAGCCCCAAACUGGUGCAGGAUUCCUUCCUUCACAGCUUUUAGACCAAAAUAUGAAAGACUUACAGGCCUCACUACAAGGCUGGUCAGAGAGCAAUGCCAAUCUUCCUUCUCCUCCAUGGCCAGCACCAAAGACAAGCAGUCCAAAUGACAACGAUCCUACCGUGAAAGAGCCUGCCAAGGCUGCCUCAGACCUGACUGCCUGGUUUAGUCUCUUCGCUGACCUGGACCCAUUAUCCAAUCCUGACGCUAUUGGAAGAACUGAUAAAGAACACGAACUGCUCAAUGCAUGAGUCUGCAACCUUUGGGAGGGAGCCCACAUAGCUCCUCUGCCACACAGCAGGGGCUCCAGGCAUGGGAAGUGAUCAGUAUGCUCUUUUAGUAUUUAUGUGCCAUUUUAAUAAAACAAGAGGGUCAAAGGCCCUGUUUAUCUUGGUA